UGUUUUAAAGAUUUUCUGAAAAAAUGACUUUGUGGCCAUAUUCUUUCUUUAAUAUGUUUACAAACCAAAAUACAGAACAACCAAUGGUCACAUAAAUAUCAGUGUUAAGAAAUACAUACAUACACCUUACCAGUAAAAUAACUACUGUAAUAUGAGAUUAUAAACACUGAACAACUGUAUAAACAUCAUAGAAAAUGAAAUUAGACUGAAACAGAUAUUGAGGAUUAUAAAGACAAUUUGCUAUUUUGUACAUCUGAAUGUAUAAUCAAUAUUACUGUAUCAUAUCUAAUGCACUCAGAAUAUCUUAUAACAAAAGUAGCGUACUACAAGUUUUGCUGAUGAGCUCACUAUGUAGUCUUCUAAAAAACAGAACAUCCUACAUAAGCAGUAGGAACACAGCCUAUAUUAUCUUAUUAAGUGGUGACAAAGUACACUGAUCACAUGACUUCAACUCGCUGCUACUGACUUUAUAAUGAUGUAAAAAGCUUUGACUUGUAUGGGUGCGCUAAAGUAUGAAAAUAAAGUAUGUUACAUUUCAUGUUAUCCUGCUGAAUGUUGCUUUGUGACAUAUUAAGAGUUGGUUACCUAGAGAAAAACCACAAACGCCAGAGGUGGCUACAACACAGGUGCACAAUGAGAGGCACUUUGAUUCGUUGCAGCAUGUGGGGAUGUGUCGUGGGGACUUAAAUCUGUUUACUAAGGCACAUUAUGGGGACUUUUCUCCUUUAUGGGGAUAAAAAGCAAAUCCUCAUAAAGAGAAACAAUAAUAUUUAAGCUGUAGACAUGCUGAGGUUAGACUGAGGUUACAUUUGGAGGGAAAAUUAGUUUAGGCAAUCACUAAUUAAGGCGAAGGUUUGGAGUUAGUAUCCUUGAAAUGAUUGAAAAUCACAGUAAUGUCCUUGUAAGUCUUGGGAACACGACAUUGUAAUUGUGCUGCUGCCAGUGCUGCCUUGACCUAAUCUCCUCUGGCAGCAGAUCAGACACUGCUGUGUUUUACUCUACUGCCCCAAACAGGUCGAAAGAGGCCUUCAUUGUUCAUACAUGCACACACAUUUCUAAUUCCUUAUUACUAAUAAACCUGUUGAGCCUGUGGCCUCAAAUCUUCUUUCACAUAACAUCUCUGCAUAACUGUACCUUAUGCAAUAUUUUUUCAUAGGAAUGUUAGGCGUUUUUAAAAAUAAGUUCUUUUAAUACAACUGGGACUGCACAGAGAGCCUAACAGCAGGGAAGAAAAAGAAAGAAAAGGAAAAUAAAGAUGCUAUCUGGAUGAAAGAAAGCUGUAUUUCUAGACCAUGUGUAAAACUGAAAUGAGAAUUUAUUAAAACUACAAAAAACUUUUGUUUGUUUUAUUAUUUAUUUAUCUCUACAUUAACAGAAGCUACAAACAACUCAUCCUCCCUCUGGUAAUGACAUCAAAGAAUUUGUCAGAGAGGUAUUUUUUUCAGUUUCUAUAUUUGCCAGCACUUAUCAUAUCUAUUUAAAUGUGCACUGAACAGAUAAACAGACACAGUGAGGUGAAGCUUCUUCCUAAUCUGCAGAUUUACAUUUUAAUAGGAAUCCAAGUUUGGAUGUUUAUAAAAGCGACAGUGCCACACUUGGAAGGCUUUUGUUUAAGUUAAACAAGCCCAUGUAAACUGGGAGCUCAGCCCUUACACUUAACUCCUAUUCGAGUUAUUGUUGCUUUCCUAUCAGCUCAGAGCAGUUAUUUUCUGACCAUUAUUUUCUGACCUCUGGCAUCAACACAGCAUUCUUGCCCAGAAAACCGCCACUCACUGAAUAUUUUCCCCUUUUCAGGCCAAUCUCUGUAAAUCCUACAGAUGAUCCCAGUGGCAAAUCCCAGUAGAUCAGCAUUUUCUGAACCCUGGCUGACACUGGCAACCAUGCCAUCUUCAAUGGGAUUUUUGUGCAAUUCAUUGCUCACAAUUUGUUGCGUCCAUUGCACAAGACGAGUGAAGAAAAGAGUGUAGGCAGGGUGGAGAUAAGUGUCAGGGGUGAUUUGUGACAGAAGGAUCAGAAGUGCUCGGGUUGAGUGGCUUGGAGACAAAGUUAGAGAUUCGAGGUUGAAAUGGUGUGGACAUCUGCAGAGGAGGGAUAGUGGAUAUACUGAAGGAAGGAUGUUGAAGAUGGAACUGAGAAGGUGGAAAACAGGAAGACCUCACAGAGGUUCAUGGAUGUAAUGAAGGAGGACAUGUAGAAGUUGCUAGGGGUACUGUGAAAGAAGAUGUUAGAUGUACGCAUCCCCUUUCUUCAUUGCAACAACAUGGAAUAUAUUUCUUGUGUUGUAAGAGACCAUCUCAUCGGACCUCUAUUGUACUUGGGAACAACGUCAGCGUUGCCCUUUUACAUAGUCCGGCUUCUGCCCUCAUACUGCAAUCAGCUUUGAGCAAGGAGAUAACGCCACUGUUUCAACUGCGUUUGCUGGGCAACCAUUGCACCACUGUGUUGCCUCCACGCUUGCAUGCUAUCAGUUUUUUAAUCACAUUGGUCGCUGAUUGUGCAAGGUUUUUAAAUGUUAUCACCAAAUGUGUAUUAGUGAAACACUGUGAAAGUUGAAUCAUGCAUCCCACAUCUUUGUGAACAUUGCAAACAAAGAGGGACUCGCUCAUUAAAACCAUCCACGCACUAUUAACGUUCAGGACCUAUUCGAACAUUUAUGUUGACACUGUAAAUUAUGACAUGAGCAGCAGCAAUAGGACAAUUAACUAGUUCAAAAUCUUAAAUCUAAAAGAAUAAAACAGUGUUUGUCAAUACACUCUGUUGGUUAAUGCAACAUGUUCACAGUGACUAGAGAUGAGUGUUGACUUUGCAUCAGAAAGAAGAACUUCUGACUACUGACAGGUGGCUUAAAUGUGUGCAUACAUUUCUCAGAAAGCACAUGCAUGUGCAUCACUCACAUGGAAAUGAAGCAUGAUAAAUAUCUGCAGCUGAUAUUACGAACCAUAGUUGUGGUGACUGAGUGGAGAAAGAUAACAGAACGGAGACGUGCUGGAAAAUAAGCCCAUGUCACUCUGGUUUAUUUUACUUCUGUAAAUAAGGACUGACAGCAUGUCCGUGAGCAAGAUUUAAUCUUCCAGUUACUCCACUGUGGCUGCUGGACAGUCUUUAUGUUACAUUAACUUAGUUUCUUACCCUUUGAUUCCAUAGUUUGAUUUGAGGACUAACCCUGCGCUCUGUGAUGGGAGUUUAAGACGUGAAGGUUUUGUCACUGACAUGUGGUUCUGCUGUUAUCUAAUGAGGAAGUGAAGUCUUUCAUCUGUGCUCAGUGGGGACAGAUGUGAUCACAGUCCUUUGAUUGUCGAGUGCUGUGAACUCAGCUGUGAAAGAGAGUCUUCAAGACAACGGCUCAGUGGGAUCGCAUCUAAACUGUCUUUCAUAUUAUAAAUAUUCAUCUUCAGGAAUGCAAGAUUUUCAGAACUUGCGAAUAAACAGGUCCAGUCCACCGAAGCUGUGUAAAGUCAUUCCUGCCUCACCGGCAGCAUCUCUGAGGGGUUUUGUGUGUCAUCAGGACCUUGAGACACAACGGCACACACAAAGUGAUGCUCAGGCUCAUCGCUCUCACGGUAGACCUGGCAGACCUCUAAUCUCUAAAAGAUUGAUGAGGUCUUCUCCAGGCUCAGGAAGCCUGGCAUGGCACUGAUAAGGCAGCUUUCAUUUCACCACAUUAUAUAGCUCACUCCUUCCCUUCUUCACCUCUUAUACUGGAGGACAAAGGCCGGCCUGGAAGCGUGAAAGAGGAUUAUAACAUGUCAAGUCAAGAGGACAGUGGUUUAAGAAUAGGAGAGAUUCCCUGGAAAUAACACGUAUGUUUUCCUCCAUUGCCUCGUGUGGGACUGCUGAGCAGGACGUCAGAGUCAUCAUGUCACUGUCAAACUGCUGGAGCUGGAACAUAGUGAAACUACAGAAGGGAAAAAUGCAAAGCUGAGAGUAGCUGAACACACUUCGCACACCUGCAGAUAGUCUGAUACAUGACAAUGUGCAACAUCACCUUCUGUAAUGUGGACAGUAAGGUGGACCAGUUCUUUCAGCCCACACUCUACAUCAUAGUCAUCGUUCUUGGGCUGCCGACUAACUGCAUGGCCCUGUGGGCCGCCUACAUGCAGGUACGCCAACGCAAUGAGCUCGGCAUCUACCUGAUUAACCUGUCGGUGGCUGACCUCCUCUACAUUGCCACUCUUCCUUUGUGGAUCGACUAUUUCCUUCAUCACGAUAACUGGAUCCACGGUCAGGAGAGCUGCAAGCUAUUUGGCUUCAUCUUCUAUACUAAUAUUUAUGUCAGCAUCGCGUUCCUGUGCUGCAUAUCACUGGACAGGUACCUGGCUGUGGCAUACCCUCUGCGCUUUGUGAAAGUUCGACGAAUCAAAACAGCUAUCCUCGUCAGCACCAUUGUGUGGAUCAUUGAGAUUGUAGCAAACUCUGCUCCUCUCUUCCAUGAUGAGCUCUUCCAGGACCGGUUCAAUCACACCUUCUGCUUUGAGAAAUAUCCAAUGCAGGACUGGGUAGCAGGCAUGAACCUCUACAGGUCAUUUCUUGGCUUCCUUGCUCCGUGGACGGCAAUGCUGGUCGCCUACCGAGGGAUCCUUGCAGCAGUGCGUUGCAAUGUCUCAACAGAGCGCCAGGAAAAGGCCAAAAUUCAGCGGUUAGCUUUGAGUUUGAUUCUCAUUGUUUUGUUCUGCUUUGGACCAUAUCAUAUCCUCCUCCUGGUGCGGAGUGUCAUGUUUUUACAGAAGCCAUGUGACUGCAGCUCAGAGGAAACCUUGUUUGCAGCAUACCAUGUAUCGUUGGCAUUGACCAGCCUGAACUGCGUAGCUGACCCUAUUUUGUACUGUUUCGUUAACGAGGGAGCUAGGAAUGAUGUCGGCCGAGCCCUGUCGGCUUUACUGUCAGUGGCCUGCAACAGGCGGCCCUCUUCUUCGCCUUCACAUGCUGACAUUCUCAAUGCUGGUUCAGUAACCAUGGACACACCACUGUCAACAAAGAAGCAGCCUUGUGUGUAUGCGGAUCCAGGCAAGACCAACAACUACAAGACGGAACUGGUGGCUCUGAAGGAGGAGUGUCUACAGAUGACCAUCCUCAGGAAAUAACUUAACUAGUUGGAACAAGUAGUAGCAGGUCCAAACUGAUCAGCUCAGUGAGAGGCCGGCAGCUCCUAACAGUUCCAGGGUCUCAUUUCUGACGGCCUAACGGGCUGAAAUCAGAUGCAACCAGUGGCUGCGGAUGCACAGGGUUCAGUCAGUAGGUGACAUAUCAAAAAGGCAGAAUAAGGAUGGGAUAAAUGAAAUAGCAAAACACAGGGUCUGUGGUCAUGUGAACAGACAUGUGGGAGGAUGAAAUGCUUACGCAGCAAAACACAAAAUUGUUAGGUGAAUGAAAGAUAGUCAAACCACUGGUUAGAUUCUCACCACUGGUGAUGCAAAAAGUAAAGUGUAGUCUGAGAGUGAAACCUGAGGACAGCUCAUGCUGUCAAUUUUGUCUGCUAACAAAAACCUUUGGACAUUACAUAAAAAACCCGUUAACACAUCAGGCUCAGACAGAAAGGUCGCGAAGCUCAGUUCUGUCUCACGGAUUGAAUGUUUUGUAUUUAGAGCUGCAGUUUUACAGCCUCCACACAGCUACAGUGCAUGCAGAUGUUAGCAUGCUAAUGUCCUAUUCUGCCCUAGCAAUCUGGCUAAGAUCAUCAUGAAGUAUCAUCAUGAUAAUGUGAAGUGUCUGAUCAGAAGAAACUUUGGGCUGCUGAGUCAGGGGAUCUCAAGCAUCUGCAGGAUUCAGCCACAGCAGACUUUUGCAUUGGCCAAUCUGGCCAGCAAAUUGUUUUUGUCUUCAGUCUGAACCAAAGUGCAAGAAACACAAGCUGACAAAUCUGAUGUCUGUGGGCGGUGUGGCUAAUAAGGAUUUUAUCAACAAAAUUUGAUGACUUGGAUUUUUGGACAAUUUUUCCAGCGUGCCAGGAAUCAUUCACAAAGAUACCGUUGAAUAUUUUUGAGAAAUCCUCGAACAGACCACGCUCUGCAUGGCUGAGUCCUAUUAGUGGUCGAAACUCAAAUGCACUUAAGAAUAUAUCCCCACUUUGGGA